UCAGCAACGAACUAGUUUCAGUGAGCUCAACAGUGUCUGCCGGACAGUUUGAUUCCCCGCCGGAUGUCACGCAGAAGAAAGUCCGAAUGAAGAAAUGAGAAGCGAGCACAGUGUGGAAAACGGUUUCCGGCUUGGGAAGGUUUGUUCGCCGUGUUUGGAAGCAUUUAAAGUCUUUAGUCUAUUUUUGGCUUUCCGUAUUUUCUAACUUUGAGCAAAGACUGGAUGGAGACUGAAGUGGAUAUUUUGGAGUUUCGGGUUCCUGUGGAGAACAAGAAGACUCUGUUUGUGUGGGACAUCCAGCCCUGCCAUUGCCAGGCCUUCAUCCAUGUGUCUUUGUUUGGCGUCUUCUCGUCCUUUGGUCCUCUCUACCUGUUGAAGGUGAUGCCCAACUGUCCGCCAGCGCCACCGGGCUUCUAUGCCGUCGUCAAGUUCUACUCUGCUGCUCAGGCCUCAAAGGCACAACAGCAGACUGAUAGACGGACUCUCUUCCAAACUACACCUGUUAAGGUGAGGGUAUGUACCAAGCAGACACCUUCCCACCUCCUGGACCCCUAUAACAGCAAGCUUCUAAGCCACGCCCGCUGUGUAGAACUGGCCAAUCACUGCCUUGGAUUCAAUGGCUGGUCCACACGCAUCAUCACACUGAAGGAGCUGUCUGCUGCUGGUCCUGAGGAGGAAGAAGAGGAGAGGAGGAGAGAGAGGAAGCUUAGGUAUGGCUGUAUGCUGCUACUCUCCUUCCCUCAGCAUGGAGCCAGCAGUACAGGAGUCUCUGUGGAGGAGGACACCUUCACUGACACCGGUCCAGAGGUGUGUCUUCAGUACCGCUGUAAACUCCAGAGGUUGGUCAGAGAAAAAGCCUUGGUGCAGGCUUUCAGCACAGUGCUGCUGAUACUACUGGGGAAUGGUAAGGUGAUGGUGGAGGUGAGACAGGACAGAGACCAGCUGCCUCUAGAAUCCACUGAGGGAAAUGUUCAGGUGACUACAGUUUCUUGGAGUGAGUUUGCUGAGGAGAUUAACGAGGGAGAGUGGGACCUGUCUGUGUCCUAGAGAAAGACAAACACAGAGAUGGCGACUAAGAGAGAGAGUCCUCCAGCAAGGGCGCUCUGCUAAACUGCAGAGUUUGAAUGUCUGACAGUUUUACUCAGCAGCUGCUGGAAGUGCCUAGUUUUAUACAAUAGCGUGUUGGCAUAGCAUGUGUUAGCAUAGCAUAUCCAUCUGUUAAAAGACCCUGACAGGACCAUUCAGUCUCUUCAUGGCUAUUUAACAGGGACCAGUUUAUUGUUCUUUUUAACAUUUCACACCUCAUGGUGUCUGCAUGGCUCAGUUAGAAACAGUGGUGAAAGAAUACAUAAAAGACUGUCAUGGAUGAGAGACCAACUAGUGAUGCUUAUGACUAUGGCACUAGACAUGCCGGGAGGGGUCAUGUCACCCUGCCUAAACCCAGAACCGAUGCCUUAAAAAAGACUGGAAUGUACAGGGCGACUGCCUACUGGACCGUAUCUCUGCCACAUUUGGUUUCAGUUAGCAGCAGAGUUGAUUCAAGUUUACUGUAUUCUGUUAUUAUGAGUUAAGUCUGCAUCAUUUUAAUUAAUCUUUUUCUCAUUUAUGGUAAUUGUUUUUGUCUAAUUGGGUAUGUGGGGCACAUAGAAUUGCGUGUCGGGCUGAGAGCUGUUUGCUAAGUUUAGUUUUGUGUGAAGGUUCUGGUAUUGAUACGUAGUAUUUGUUCUGUUUUUGCUUGUUGACUUUAAACUGCAGCUGGUGUGCUGUUAGACCCCUGGAAGAACAGGCGCUGCUGAGGCUGUGAGUAAUGGGCGUCUGAAAUAAAGGAAUAAAGAAAUAAAUGGUUUGGCCUCAGUAGAAAACUGAAAUAAUGAAUUCCACAUUGUUCUUUGCUAUCUUGAGUUUAUUUGAUAAAUGCAUUGUGAGUUUACUUUUGUCUGUCUGAAGUGUUGUUGCCACCAGAAAACAUCAGCCAACUGUCGCGUGUUUCAAGUUAAAUUCACAGUGGAUUCAAAUGGAUUAUGUAAUGAACAAUGACAGGAAGUUGACUUUACGGCACCGAGGAAGUAGAGAGAAGAAUGCGGUACAAGAAGGCUUCAGUAGAAUACUUCAAUAGAAAGCCCAGAGAUAUAGUUUUACUACAGAACUUAACAAGACAGACUGGCAUCAGCUAGAAAUACCAAGAACAGAUGAAGCAACAGGAGUCCAAGUAGCUUCAGCACACCUGACUUACAUGGAGGGGAAUCAUACCUGCAAACUUGUCGCUUUUUGGCGAACCAAAAUAUGUCCAUGUGAAUCGUGCAGAUCCGAAGAGUUUUUGUUUGGGGGGGGGCAGUCAGCGCAGUCUCCCAUAGACUGGCGUGAGACCAGAGACCGUUUAGAAAGCUGUUAUGUCGUGAUCUUCUUUGCAAUAAAACGCCUUU